CGCAAAACACAACACCACAAUGAGGGACACUGGGAAACAAGUGUCUGAGGCAGCAUUCAUGCCUCAGACUGGGGAGGUCUCUGAUCUGUACCAGCAGGUGUGGAUCCUGCAGGGAGAGACCCUGGUGAUCGUUCCACGGAGCAGCAAUGUGACUUCAGUCACUGUCGCGAUCAUCCCGUGCAAGUACCCAGAGUCCCUUGAGCAAGACAGAGGGGUCCCCAUCUACUUGGGCAUCCAGGAUCCAGACAUGUGUCUGUUUUGUGAGGACGUCGAAGGACAGCCCAUACUGCGGCUGAAGGAGCAGAAGAUUUUGGACCUGUACCACCAAGCAGAGCCCGUGAGACCCUUCCUUUUCUACCGCGUCCAGGCUGGUAGUACCUCCACCUUCGAGUCCGUGGCCUUCCCAGGCUGGUUCAUCGCCUCCUCCAAGAGAGGCCAGCCCCUCCUCCUCACUUCCGACCUGGGGAAAGUGUACAACACUAACUUCAAUUUGGAUUUAAAGGCUUGA